AUGGCUCCUACACGACCAAGAACAAGAUCUUCAGUGGGAUCUUCAUCCCCUUCCAAGAACGCCAUGGCCGAAGCAGUCCCUCUACGUUCUGGAAGCCCUACGGCGCACCCACGAAGUCCCAUCAAGAAACGAACACCCGGUACCAUCACGAUGCAGCAAAAGCAAGCCAUGAUCGACAACAUGCAGCUUGAGAUCACUGAACGCGCUCGACGACUAAGGGCUCAAUAUAACUACAUGGCCACAACAGUGCGCUCACGUAUCGAAAUGCGACUCAACAGAAUUCCCAUGUCAAUGAGAAACGUCAAGAUGGGAGACUUGCUGCAAAAGUACAUGGAACAAGAAAAGCAGCGAGCUGCACGAUCAGCAGUCACAAGGAAGCCUCCCACAACAGCACGAAUUACAAGCCCAGUCAAACACUCCCAACCCAGCGCGCACAACUUCAAGUCUUCGGCGCGUACAAAACGCAUGAGUGAUGCUAUCUCGGGAGAUAAGGAGAACGAAAUUGAGCAUAACGAAAAUGCGAAGAAGAAGGUCAGAGGGAUACCAAAUGGAGACGUGUCUCUUAUGCGACCUGCGCAAGUUUUGUCACCAACUUCGUCAAACUCGCGAAUGGCGAAUCGACCAGUAUCCCCUAUCAAAUCCGGCAUUGCACGACCCGCCUCUCCAUUGAAGAACCCCUCACAAUCUCGCUCUGCUGCGGCUGCGAAUAUGCUCACAAGCAUGGUGGAAAAGGCAAAGGCCUCACGAGGCGGCGUUGCACGUAAGGUCACCACAUCCUCAGCUAUUAGCACAAAUUCCAACAGCGCUGCUGUGGCGAAAAACAAGAAAGUGCUAGCGAAUAGCACCUCUCGACCCCCUGUCUCGCGACCAGCCACGCGAACAGGACGUAGAUCAAUCGCCAACAGUGAAUCGAGCGAGACCAGCAACGGAACAGUGAUAAGAAAGGCCUCUGCGGCUAAGGGAGCCCCAGCAAAGAAGGGGGCCACAGCUUCGCGUAAGGGGGCUGCAACAGGUGGAGUACGCAAGACAACAGCGGCAAAGGCCAACACUUCUACCGCGAGCACAGGUACAGGACGAGUUUUGCGGAAACGGGCAUAG